AUGAGAGGAAGAACAGAUCUUGGUGAACUAGUUUCCUUCUUGUCUGGUCCCGCGUUGUCUUGUGCAGCCUUGGGAAGAUUUUUUCCUUUUACAAACACAAUGGAGUCAGUCUGUGUUCCUCCCACAUAUACUGUCCACCCAGGAUAUCCUAGUCCUCGAUGUGAUGACUCGGUCCUUCCCAUAGUUAAAAUCUUCUCAAGUUGCUGA